AUGUCCAACAACCUAGAUAAAUCUUUAGACGAAAUUAUUGGCAAGAAGCCAGUUAGAGCUACUCGUGACAACAGGAGAGGCCCAAAGAAGACUUCUAAGCAAGUCGGUAACCGUCGUAACGCUGCUACCAAUGGCAGAGGUAACAGACCAGCUAGAAUUCCAGCUAGUGCUGUAUCAAGAAUUGUCGGACAUCAAUUAGUCAAAGUAAAUGUUGAAGGUUUACCAAGGGAUAUCAAGCAGAGUGCUGUUAGAGAAUUCUUCGCAGGUCAAGUAGGUGGUGUCCAUGGUGUCUUAUUGAGUUACAACGAAAGAGGUCAAUCUACUGGUAUGGCUAACAUUACUUUCAAGAAUGCUGACUACGCGAACAAAGCUGUCUCCAGAUUUAAUGGUGCUCCAAUUGACAAUGGUAAAACUAGAUUAAGACUAAACCUUAUUGUUGACCCAACUCAGACUAACCAAAACUUGGCCCAAAGACUAAGUGGUCUACAAGGUAGAGUUGGUAAGCCAAACGGUGUUGUUGCUGGUAGACCAAACGCCAGAAAUGUAGGUAGAAACGGUAGACCAAUUUCCAACAGACAACAAGUUAGAGGUCCACAAAGAAGUGGUCCACAACCAAGAAAUGGUCCACAACCAAGAAACGGUCCACAACCAAGAAGUGGUGCAGCUCCUCAAAAAAAGAAACAACCAAAGAGAGAAAAGCCAGCCAAGAAAAGUCUAGAAGACCUCGACAAAGAAAUGGCUGACUAUUUUGAUGAUGGUAAAUAG